CUGCUUUGCAACAUUUCAGUGCAAACAAGUUCUGCAGGUCAGCUCCUCCCACAGAGGAGGUGUAGUCUAGUAUGUAUGUGGCUCCACAUGCCUUUCACACGGCCGGCUGCCACUGGGUUUAAUGUGCAUCUAUGUUCUACGGCCUUCUCUUUCCCUACGUGACACACAAGCUCCUGCUGUGCUGCUGAUUGAAGUUGAACUGGAGGAUAAACCCUGUUUAUGUUCAGGAUUAAAGAGUGAGUGUGUUGUGGGGGCUUGUGUCAGAGAGGACCUCUGUGCUCAUGGAUUGCUUUGACGGAUUGCCUGGGGAAUUCAGGAACUUCAGGAAGGAUGACUUCGAGGCGAACUGGAUUAAGGUGGCAGAAUGUAGAUUUGGUCAAGUCUACCAGGUCAAGCUCAAACUCUGGCGGGAAAAAUGUGCCCUGAAAAGCUUUGACACCUCCUUGUGCGCAAACAACUCUUACAGGAGAAUAAUAGAUGAGGCAUCCAACAUAGCCAAAGUGAAAUUCAAGUACAUUACGUCCAUCUAUGGACUGUGCAGUGAAGCCAAUGCUGUCGUGAUGGAGUACAUGAGUAAUGGAUCGCUGAACAAUCUCCUGGCCAGUCACACUUUGAUGUGGCCUAAGAAGUUCCAAAUGAUUCACGAGGCCUCCAUGGGCAUGAAUUUCCUCCACAGUAUGAAACCUCCACUACUCCAUCUUAACCUCAAGACGUCCAACAUCCUACUAGACGAUCAUCUCCACAUCAAGAUUUCAGAUUUUGGUUUAAUCCACUGGGAAGAGGGCAUGAGCAAGACAUUGUUCAUGGAGCAUCUGACAGCAAGAGGGAACAUAAGUUACGUUCCACCAGAGACUUUCACUCAGUGCCCCAAUCCUCCAGGAACUGCCUUUGAUGUUUACAGUUUUGGAAUUGUGAUGUGGGAGAUCCUGACACAGCAGAAACCAUAUGCAGGGUGGAGUGUGACCACAGUGCUUUUACAGGUGUCACAUGGUAAGAGACCCUGUGUGGAGAUGAUACCUGACCAGAAGCCCCAUGAGUGUGAUCAGAUAAUCAUGAUCAUGCAGCAGUGCUGGGAGCAGGAUCAGAGGAAGAGGCCACCGUUCUCAGACACUGUGAUGAAAACAGAGACUCUGAGUGAAGUCAUGCAAGGCCCAGGACCAAGGCACAAAAAUGGUGACAAAGGACAGACAUCAGAUUAUUCUUGGCUGGUUCCCCCGAUACAUGAUCUUGCUUUGCCUGAGAUGCCUGACCUUCCCUCAGAUGACCAACAUGCCUCAAACAGCAUUCUCUCCAUGCUGUCCAAAAAAGACUUUGGUAAUUUCAGACAGUCUGUGAAAAAAGAGCACAUACACACACAGCUUCCAGGGAAAAAGAGUCUCCUUCACUACACCGUAGCCAGCGGGGAUGCAGAGAGUGUCAAGCAGGUCCUGAGUCUGGGUGCUGAAGUCAACUGUACGACUGCCAGAGGUUACACUCCUCUUAUUAUUGCUGUUCUGCAAAGGCUUCACGACAUCAUCUCUCUGUUGCUGGAACAUGGUGCAGCUGCCACCCUGGGAGAUGAGGACCAGUGGACAGCGCUACAUUUUGCUGCUCAGAAUGGCGAUGACAGAACUGUACGUCUCCUUUUGGACAAAGGAGCUGUGGCUGAUGCCCGGGAAAAAGCUGGUUGGAUGCCGCUCCACCUGGCCUGCCAGAAUGGCCACGAAACAGUGGUGCGCCUGCUGCUUUCACGGCUGUCAGAGGAAGCAGUCGAAGAACAGGAGGAGGCACAGGGGAGGACGCCACUCCACCUAGCCUCCGCCUACGGGCAUCUGAAUAUUGCCAAGCUCCUCCUCUCUCAGGGAGCGGAUCCCAAUGCUACCGACCACUCUCUUUCCACUGCUCUUCACUUAGCAGCUGACGAAGGCCACAACAGAGUAGUGAGACAGUUGGUGAAGAGUGGGGUGAGCACUGACAGUGCAGACAGCAGAGGAUACACUCCACUUCACCUGGCUGCUCUGAAGGGUCAUACAGGCAUAUGCAGGCAGUUGUUGUCAAAUGGGGCCAACCCAGACUCCAGGACCCUCCAAGGCUGGACUCCCAUACACCUGGCUGCCCUGAGGGGUCACGACGCCACGGUUGUCCAGCUGGAGAGUCAGGGUGGUUGUGUGAAUGCUACAGGGGAGAAUGGAUGGACCCCGCUCCACCUCGCCUGCCACCAGAGUGAGCCGGAGGUAGUGGCAAAGCUCUUGGCAGCCAAAGCCGACCCAAACGUGACAGAGGACAGUGAAGGAUGGACACCAUUACAUUUAGCCUGUACCAGUGUCAGUUUCCCAAGUGUCCUCCACUUAAUUUCACAUCAUGCAGAUGUCAAUGCAGUGAACUCGGGGAAGGCGACACCUUUACACCUGGCUGCCCACCAUGGCUGUGUGCCAAUUGUAAAGGCUCUAAUGCUGAAUGGAGCAGACAGGACACUGCUGGACUCUUCUGGAUCUACAGCACUGAAUAUCGCCCAGAGGUGUGAAAAAUGGGAAAUAGUACAACUACUGGAAAAGGGAUGUUAAACGUGACUCUAGUUGUCCAAUUUUGCCAGUAAUUAUUUUUCUGUGCCAUAUGAAGUCUUGCCAUUGAUGCCAAAUCAGGAAUUUCUAUUGAAAUCAAUAUAUAAUAGUGUGUAAAACCCUACAAGGUGAGCCAGCACAUGGGGUCAGAAUCAGGUGAGGUAGACUAUAAUGACAAAACACUGAUUCUCCUGUGUGCUUUCCUGGUGAAUGGGAAUAAUGCUGCAGCCACAUAUGGAUGCAAAUGAGAAUAUGAAAGAGCUGCCGUUAUAAUGACUUAUAGAGAGAUUCAUUUGAUUAAACCUGUCAAACCUUAUGAAGACCAUUAUGUAAUGGACUUUUCCAAACUAUAAUGCAUAUAUGUUUUACAACAAGGCAAGAUAACUUAUGAUUAUCAAUCAUCCCCUGCAGACUGAGGGAAGCACUGCCCAGCUUAUGCCACACUUUAGCACAGUGACACCUUAUUAAAUAGAAAUGAAAUGCAUGGAUUCAGGGGCUGUAUUGACCUACAUGUUCACAGGGUUUUCCCUGAAACCACAAGAGACUGAUUCUGAUGGAGGGGUGGAAGCUGAGAUGAAUCAAAUGACUAUAAAUGAACAGAGCAGAAUUAAAUUUGACUUUUUUUGUUGCCAAACAAAUGUAUGAUUUUUAAAUGGUUAUUUUAUUAUUUAAUUCCAAAAUGUCUAUUUUUUUUUCUCCCUCAAGUGUUUGACCCUGAGUAUAUUUGGUGUGGUCUGUUAGCUGGAUUUAUCUCGCAGUGUUUUUGAAUGUCAAUGCUGAACCACCCAUCCAUCCUCUUCUAAUCACUGGGGAUUAGAAGAGGAUUGCCAUGUGUGUUGGAGUUUAAGAUUCACUAAAAUUACAUUUGUUUGUGGUUGUGUAAAGCCAAUCUAAUGACAAAUAAUGCUUGAAAGUGCACACCCAUGGACUUACACCAAUUUGCAACCUUAACUAAAACCUAACUGACCUAAGAUGAGUGUGGCUACUUCACAAUAAAAUCCAUUAAAAGCCAUGAAACGUAGCCAUGGUAAGUUUAACAAAAUGAUAACAUUGCUUAUUCUCUCUGGUGCUGGCUGUGUUUUUACCCCCUGAUACUUUAGUGACACUGUUUUAUUAUUUAUUUCUGAAUCAUUUUUAGACAGCUAUCAGGAACCUGCACUCACUUGGGGUGCCUUAGAUUUAGAUAAGCUAAACCUUGAUUUAUAAUGUCAUAUGGUUUUUAAUCAGGAGCCUGACAGAGUAAAGUAUGUGCUGACUCUCACUGUAAUUUGACCACUAGAGUUUGAAAAGCAGCUAUCACAUUAUGAAAAGAGGCUCUCUGGAAAGCACCGUGUGCUUCAGGUUGGGUAGGAUGAUUUAUAGUUGAAAGUAUCCUUUUUACUGCAGCAACUCUCAUUUGAAAUUUAUGAGGUUUUUCAUGUCUUAAAAAUUGGAAGCAAAACACAUUUGUGUGAUUGUAUCUACAGUAAACAGUCUGAUGACAAUUUAACAGAUGGGAAUGGCAAAAGGACCACAUUUAUAUAGUGCGUUUCUAGCCUUAACGUCUAAUCAAGGAGCUUUACACUACGAGUCACAUUCACACUCAUAUUCAUACAGCAUUUCUGUGUACACAGUGCCUUUCUAACACACACACACACACACACACACACACACACACACACACACACACACACACCGAUGCUACAUCAGGGGCAAUCUGGAGUUCAGUAUCUUACCCAAGGACACUUCGACACCUGGUCUGGGGAUCGAACCACCAACCUUUUGAUUAGCAGACAGCCGUUCCUCAUGUGUAGAAUCCACAGCUGUGUAACAGCGUUUUUGUCCUUCUAACAUCCAAAUCAAACUAGUCUUUGUGUGUUUAACUACAUGGCUGUUCUGAUGCCAGUGCCUGAAAAAUUAAACCUACUUUCCCAACAACAUCUAAUCAGGCCUACCUAAAUCAAUGGUGCUGCCCCAACCUUUUUACACAUAUGGUGACACAUCAGCCAGUAAUUGGGUUUGCGGGCACCUAAACUAAUUUUAUUUUCUAACAGGAAGACAAGCAGGAACAAGAUAAUGUCAUGUACGUCGCUGGUACAACAAACACUAAAGAACUAAGGAAAGAAAGAAGUGCAAUGUGGUGUUUUCUUUUGUUUGUGGCUAACCAAUUCCCUGCUACGUUCUUUAAUAACACUCUUUAAUAACUGCAUUUAUUUAGCAUUUCUAUUAUUCAUAUGAAAUAGAACAAAAGCUUAAUGAAACACUUUAAAAUGCUAAUACACCUUUGUGCUCUUGCUUAUGUUUUUUGCAAUGCAAUAAUACCAGCUUGUACAUUUAUUUUAAA